AGGUAAGGUGGGGACGGGGGAGGACCACUACGAAAUCCAGGUCGUAUCCUUUCUUCGCUCGAGCAUCCAGAAAGGGUAACGAUAACAGAUCUUCAUCACCGCGUCCCCAUCAAUUCACGAUUGAUCGCAUGGUUCUUCCUCGUAGAAAUCGAUCUCCUUUUCUAGCCUGAAAGUCAAAGAACGCAUAAUCGUGUUCCCUACGUAGCUUUAAAGGAGAAGAAUAUCCCCUUUCUUUCCCUUUGAAUUUGUUUUAAUCAUCAUAAAUAGAUUAACGAAACUCUGUUAAGAUCUCCAAUCGGAGUCGUUCUUCGGCUUCCUGAGAUUGGAAGAGGUUCCCCUCAUCAAUCCAAACUUCACAUUAGUUGUAUUCAUCAGUGACAUGCAGAGCCAACUGGUUUGUAACGGGUGCAGGACUAUGCUUCUUUAUCCGAGAGGAGCUUCAAAUGUCUGCUGUGCUGUGUGCAAUGCACUCACACCUGUCCCACUUCCAAUGCCUGCAAUGGAAAUGGCUCAACUGAUAUGUGGAGGCUGUCGAACAUUGCUGAUGCAUCCCCGUGGUGCCACAAGUGUGAGAUGUUCAUGCUGUCAUACUGUUAAUCUUGUUCCAGGUAAAAAUAUUUAGAUCCAUGCAUAGAACAUGAGCAGCUAAGUAGUAAACUUGUGAUGUGAAU